UUCUUGCUCGGUCCUCUGCGGCGACAUGCGCCAUUGUGACAAGAAUGCCAACAUGUCCAUGUAGUAAGCUUUACUCACUGAAAAAACUUUCUGGAGAGGGAAGCUUGCCCACUUGAAGCCCAAGAGGAUUACGAUGAUAUGACAACCAUAUCCCUUGAAGAUCAAGACGACUAUGAUGAUACAGCGACCGCGGCCCCAUAAAGAGGACAGAUGCUUGCUUAAGAGCUUAUAUAGUCAGCAGGACGCUGUGAAAGUAUUGUACACAGCUCCGCUCCCCUAAUAGUUGAAGUCUGCUGACGACGAUCCCAUAUAGUAUUGGUAGCCUCCCUGGACUGACUAUAUUGCAGAUGUGUUUAUUCUUGCUAUUCUAGGGGAUAAAGGCUUAGGCAACAUAUGUGCACGUGAAGGUGAUGAAGAAUUUGUACGUGAGCUUGAAGAACGAAUGUUGUUGGACGAUUUACUUGAUAGCUGCCAUUGUCGGUGCUCUCCCGGUGAUUGCACGCCGUUUAUGGCGGGGAUGAAGCAUAUGCAAUUAUGUAAUAGCCAGCUUGGUAUUGCCACUACUUUCACUGAGUGUCUAAAGGAGUACGGUAACGCUUUUCAAAGGAAGCACUACUAUGCUGCGAUAGGGUUUACCACAUUUCAGGCACUAGGCGUUGCGCGUACGUGCAUAUGCAAAGGGCGGUAUUGGACGGAACCAACAUUUGAUGCAGAUGAGAUUGUGGAAAUACCAGAUGAAUAUUCAGAGCUGUUAAAGCUCUUGGAGUCGUCGAUAGAGGAGUUUGAAUCGCACGCCUUUGAGAUCUUUGAGGCAGCUACGGAUGGAUUUGACAGUAUAGUUACUUUCUGGAACGGGUAAAGGGAUCGGAGAAUGAGUCAAGUUCUCUCUGAGCUCUCUCGAGCUGGCGAGGCAAGUAAAACAACUGCAGAAGACCUAGGUAUUAUUUGGGUUCCUCAGGUAGAGAAACAAACGGAUGAGAUACAAGUAUUGGAAAGGUUGGAACUAUUACUUUCGAAGGAUCGAGCAGAUCAAAUAGAUCGAAUAGGUCGGUCAUGAAGUACUCCGACACGUUUUAUGUUGG